GAGCUAGAUGAUGCGGUUGUGUCGACGUUAAGAGCUGCAAACAUCAGUGAGGCAAUGAUGGGCAACCUGUCUCGUGAAGACUUGCGGGACCUUUUCCCAGGACCAGAGAACUUUUUAAGAAGAAAAGCGAUCUGGAUUGCUUGUCAUGGUGCAUCAGAGGAGGAUUCUGGUAAAGAAGAUUCAACUUUAGUGAGCUGUUCCUCCAAUAAUGGGUCACCUAUGCAACAGACAUCCACUCCAAUGAAGUCCAGUCUUCCCAAGUUUGAAACUCCUGAAAAGGUUGUGAAAUUAACCUUUCCAGAAUAUGUACUCCACACUGACACUGAGCUUGAGCACGUAAGACAACAGUACUUUGAAUUGUCGAAGAAAGGGGAAGAGCGCAACUGUGAAAUGUCAAAGGAACUCAGAUGUCGUCUCAUCCGAAACACGAUGACCAGUAUGAUUGCAAUCUUGAGGGCAAAAGGAGAUGCAGAAUCACACAGAUACCCAUCAAAACCUGAAAUCACAGCAGUGGCUAAAAGGAUAGUGCUGUAUUACCCCAUGCUACAGGACCAAGGUCUGAAGAAUUCAUGGGUCACUGUGUUUGCGCAACUAAACAAAAGAUUGCAGAAUGUGAGGUCCCCUCUAAAGAAAUCUCAGAGUGGGAAACAAUCAAAGAGGUAA